CAGUCUUAUAAGUAUAAUAGAGUUCCUGUAAAACGACGUGUUUCUUUUAGUAAAUAUUCAAUGUUAAUUUUUACUGAAAAUAAUAUGUUAUAAAUGGUGUGAUUAUAUGCAGAUCUGUAGACUGAUUUCAAAAUGGUGUCCCUGGAAUUGGAUCCUGUUUUUGUUAAAGCACUACGUUUACUACAUUCCAAUCAUAAGGACUCUGCAAACCAGCUGUAUAACAUGCUAAGUGAUGUCAUUGCUCAGCGAAAAGGACUUAAGCAUAACACCACACCUCAAGAUGGUGAAAAAUCUACCUCUACAAAAUCGGGGCUGAAAUCUGAAGAGGACGGCUCAAAGAAGCAUGAAGCCGAAAAGCGAAGUCUGGAUAAGAUAAAACAAGAACCAGAUGAAAGUCCUCCGGAAGCAAAAAAGCCACGACGAGAAUCACCGGUGCCCCAUGAGAAGGAAUUGAAAUAUUCCAAAGAGAGAGACAAGGACAAAGAAAGAGAUCGUGAGAAAGUUAAAAGGGAAAAAGAAGUGAAAGAAAAGGAUAAAAUAAAGAGCGAGAGACGAGAACGAGAAAAGGGGAUCUCGGAUAAAAGUGAGAAGGAUAAAACUAAAGAUGUGGAGAAAAGUAGAGAACAUGGGAAGGUGAAGGAAGUUAAAACAGAAGAUUCAAGUGAAGAUGAGGCCAGCAUGGAUGCAGAUGAUUUUGCAUUUGGUCUUGGAAUUUCAUGUGUAGUGUGCAGGCAGUUUGAUGUUAGCUCUGGUAACCAGCUAGUAGAAUGCCAAGAAUGUCAUAACCUUUAUCAUCAGGAAUGUCACCGACCUACAGUAACCGAACAAGACGUUAAUGAUCCCCGAUUUGUCUGGUACUGUAAUCGCUGCUCCAAGACCAUGAAGAAAAUGGCAACUAAAACACCGAAGCCAAAAUCCAGUGCACCUACUGCACCACCAGUGAAGGAGACUGUACCGUUCAUAAAGCCAGUGACUGUGAAAACCGAACAGCCAUCGACACUCCAGCCAUUCAAGAGACUUGAUCAUAAGACAAGUGGUUCCAAGGAAAUCAUUUCGGCAUCGAGUUCGAAGCCUCUCAGCGGUCUCGCCAGUCUUGCAGCAAAUCUCUCUGGGAAAGCAGGAGAUCCCUCUAGAGCAGGCCAUUCCAAAACUGAUUCCUCAAAGCCCAGUGACUCUUCAAAAACAUUUGGCUCCAAGCAGGAGUCUGGAAAAACAGCGGAUUCUUUAAAAGAAUCAUCUAAAGCAGGGUUGUCGAAACCGGAACCGCUGAAAGCUUUCUCUGCACUGAAAUCCGACCUGUCUAAGCUGGCUGUUUCCAAGAAUGAAGACCGAUCUGCAUUUGGCUCAGCUCUGGCAAGAGGUGGAUUGAAGCCUCUAAGUAGUAGCAGCAAGAUUUCCUCGUCUCCGUCUUCAGCCUUCACAAGCAGCAAGUCAUCGUCUGGAGGGUCUGCUUCAUCCAGCGGAGGCAAGUUUUCUACAGCUGGCUCAUCCAGUUCUAGUAAAGGAUCAGGGUCUUCUGGAUCAUCAAAGUUAUCCUUUGGUAGUGUGUUGAACUCUGCUGGUAAACCCCCUGCAACUGGUGGUACUGCAACAGUUGUUAAUGCUGAGAAAAGACUACAGAUGAUGAAGAAGAAAGCAGCAGCAAAGACACAAGAGAAAAGGCUAACCUUAAAAUGAUGAUGAUGAUGGUGAUGAUGAUGAAAUACAUAGCAUCCACAUUGUGGUUCAUGUAUAACAAGUUCACAUAUAAUAAUAGAUAUGGCAAAGUGAUCAAGACAAUCUGACUAAAUGACUUAGAAAUUGCUAUUAUUUUGGGUAGAUGAAUUAUUUGCCAUGUCCCACACUGGUAUUUUGGGGUGAAAUACAAAUGAUUAGACCAUUAAAAAAAGAAAAGAAAGGAAGAUCAGUUUUCCAUGGACAUAGGUCUUACCAAAUGAAAGUGAUAAAUGAACAAUUUAGAACAUAAAAGUCCUUUUAAAAAAAUGUUUAA